AGAUCUCAACUAAUCAAAAUCAUGUCUCUCGACGAGCAAUUCUCCAAAGUCGCCACCUCCGUCAGGAACUGGAAGACCACUCCCAGCAAUGAUGAGAACCUUGCCCUGUACUCCUUGUACAAGCAGGCUACCAUCGGAGACGUCAACAUCGCUGAGCCCAGCGGCAUGGUAGAGAAUGCCAAGUUCAAGGCAUGGACCAGCCGCAAGGGAAUCUCCCAGGAUGACGCUAAGAAACAGUACAUCGAGAUGGCUGAGAAACUGGCUCCUAAAUACGCAUAAUCAUGUCUAUGUUAAGGAUACCCACC